AUGGGCAACACCCUUGAUAGUAAUAAAUCCAAGAAUUUGUUUACAUAUGAGAAUUAUAAAUAUAGAGGAAAAUUAAAUAAUAAUAAUCAACCACAUGGUAAAGGUAUUAUUUUAUAUAAUUCUGGGGAAUCCUUUUAUUGUUCUUUUAUAAAUGGCAAAAAAGAAGGAAAAGGUAUAUAUAUUGAUAAGAAUCUAACAAGAUAUAUAAAUAUUUGGAAGGAUGAUAAAGUCAUAGGUAAAGUAAAAGUUCUUCCUUAUAAUAGUAAUAGAGUCUAUUAUUUUUAUUACAAACAUGAUAUCAUUGAGAAAUGUAUAUAUUUUGAUAAUAUAAAUAAUAAAGAAUCUUAUCAUAAACAUAAUAAUUAUAGUAACGACCUCCAUAAUAAUUCUCAUAAUCAUUCUUAUUCUGAUAAGGAAGAAAAAAGAAAUUAUUCAAUAGAACACACUAAUUAUAAAGAAGAAUUGUAUAAUUAUAUUGAUACUACUCAUAUGAAGAAAAAAAAUAACAACAAUAAUAAUAAUAAUAAUAAAAUUUUUAAUAAUAAUAAUAUUUUUAAUAAUAAAAUUUUUAAUAACAAUCAUAGUGAAUAUAAUACCUCUUCCUCAUCACUAUCUUACAGUUCAGACUCAGGAAAUAUUAAUCUACUCGAUAUUUUAAAAAAAAAAAAAAAAAAAUCACAAAUAUUAUUUCCUACACAACAUAAAAUAUUUCAUCAUAACAUCAAUCAAUCAAAGUUUAUAAAAAACGACAACUUAAAUGGUCAACGUAAGAACAAAAUGAAUAUAUCCAUUUAUAAAAAAAAUGAAAGAAAAAAUAUUUUUAAAUAUUUUUCAAAUAAUAUAGAAAAUCUAAAUAUUGAAAAUUAUGAAACAUGGUCUUUAAAAGAAGUAAUUCAAUGGCUCAUGCUAUGCAAUGUACCCAUCAAAUGGAUAAUAAGUUUUUAUAAAAAUAAUAUUACAGGUGAUAAAUUAAAAUAUAUUAAUAUAAAUACUGUCAGAAAUGAAUUUGGAAUUAUAGCAUUUGGACAUGCAAUUAAAAUAUUACAAUUAAUAAAGAAUCUGCAAGUUACCGCAUAUAAUAAAAAAUUUAAUAACUUUAUUCAAAUAGAAGAAUAUAAAAAUUAUAUCAGACAAAAGGAUAACAUCACAAAAAAAAAAAAAAAAAAAAAUAAAGAAACAAAAAAAUCGAACAACAUGGAUAAAAAAUAUAUAGAUUUAGCUAUUCAUAAGAAUGUUAAAAAUAUAAAAAAUGAUACCUUUCAAUAUAAUGAUGAUAAUAUUAAUAAUUGUAAGAAUCAAAAAAAUUAUAUUCAUCAAAAUGAUUAUGAAAAUAAAAAUAUCAUGAAUAAAAAGAAUCUAUCAUUUGAAUAUGAUAAUAAUGAAAAAAAAAAAAAAAUUAUUAAAUGUAAAAAAAAUAAAUCAUUGGAAAGUUCAAAUGACCAAUAUGAUUUAAUAAAUGACUUAUCAAAAGAUAUAUGUAGUGAUAGUAUAUUUUAUAACUCAUCAUCAUUAUCUUCUCCCUUAUCUUAUAGUAACAGCUUUUCCGAUUCAUCUUCUUGCAGUUCUUUAGAACGUUUACCCUCAUAUGAAAAGAAAUUAUUAUCUUCAUCACAAUCUAAUAUAGAACACAUAAAAAACCUUCCUUUAGAUGUCUUAAGCAAUAAUAAUAAUUCGGAAAAUAUAAAAAUAAAAAGAAGCAAAUCAAAAUAUAACAAUGAUAAAAAAAAACAGAAACAAUUCUCAUUCGUUUUGAAUAAAUCAAGUUCUGAAGUGUCAUCUUCUCAUUCAUACACUUCUGAAUCAUAUCGUUAUAAUAUUAAGCCAUCCUUACAGUCAUCAUAUAACAAUUCUUUAGUAUCUUCUUGUAGUAUGUCUUCCACAUGUCCUUCUUCCUCCUCAUAUAUUUCUUCAUUAUUUUCAAAUGCAAGUAAUGAUAUUGUAAAUUUUAAUAGAAAUAAAAUAAUUAAAUAUUGUAAUAAUAUAUAUAUGAACACAAAAUUAGCAUAUUCUUAUAUGAAUGGUUUUAUAAUUCCACAUGAAGAUUUAAUAUUUAUACACCCUAUCGAAAAUUAUUAUAUAGACAAUACAAAUGAAAUAUAUAAUAUAAAUAAUCGUUAUAUUAAAGAUAAUAUUAUUAAUCAUAACUUCUCAUUUAAUAAAAAAAACAACACAUCCUUUAUAGAUAUAAACACAAACAUAUUUUCAACAAAUAAAGAACAAAAUAUAAAUAAUUUUGUAAAAUAUAAAAAAAUGAAAAGUAGAAUGUUUAAAGGUAAAUAUAUGGGCAAAGAAGUAGCUAUAAAAAUAUUAGUUGGAAAAAUAAAAAAUUUUAAAAAACUACAUCAAAUUUUAUAUAAUCUAUACAACAUGAGACAUUCAAAUUUUGUUCUUAUAAUGGGAGUUUCUAUACAUUAUCCUUUUAUUUUUAUUAUUUAUGAAUAUAUGAAAAAUAAGUGUCUCUUCUCAUAUUUACACUGUAUUAAAUAUAAACAUGUAUAUAUAAGCACUUUCUUUCAAAAGUAUAAGACACUGUUAUAUAAUACACAACAAGAGGAAAUUAAAAAAAUAAACACAAACAAAAAAAAAAAGAAAGAUUAUAAUAAUAGUAAUACGGAGGAGGAAGUUCCUAAUGAGGAUCAAAAUAAUAUUGAUAAUCAAGAUACAUUUUUAGAUUUAUCAGAAAAAAGUAAUAUAUCAAGUGAUGAUAAUAACUCCACAGAUAUUAGUCAAAUACAGAAAGAAAAUUUUCAUUACUUAAAUAACAAAAUUGAAGAAAAUAAAGAUUUUAAUUAUGAUGAUAAUACAAGUACUCUUUCUGAUCAUAGUAUAAAUAAUAUGAAACAAAGUUAUUAUGAUGUAUAUAAGAAGAAAAUUAAUAUAUUUAAUUACGAGCAUAAUGUAUUAUGUGGUGCAUACGAUAAUAAUGAUAAUAAUAUGUAUGACAAUAAUAUGUAUGAUAAUAAUAUGUAUGAUAAUAAUAUGAAUCAUGACAAUAUGUAUGAUAAUAAUUUUUAUGACCAUCAUAAAAACACAUCAAUAAAUUCAAAGGAACAACAUAUUAAUCAAAACCUUCAACAAGACACUGAACAGAAUAAUGAAUGUACCAGUUAUGCCUCACAAAUAAAAUAUAAUAUAAAAAAAAGUAAUUUCAAAAAUAAUAUUAUAUCACAUAAAAAAAUUCAAAAAUGUAAUGAAAUACAAAUAAAUCAACCAUAUACAUUUCCGCCUUAUCAAAAAGAAUUAUCAUCAUAUUUAAAAAAUGAAAAAGAAAAAAUGAAAAGAAAAGUUCUAUUUAGUUAUUUAAAAACUCAUGUACAUUUUAAUUCACAACAAGUUAAUGACCAAAAUGAUCGUCUUAGUGUUCAAAAAAUCAUGAAAAUUAUAACAGAUGUGACUUUGGCUUGCACUUAUUUAGAAAAGGAAAAGAUGAGUCCUAUAAAUUUAAAGCCAACAAAUAUAUUACUUGACGAUUCUCUGAAUGCUAAAAUAUCCGACUUUGGAAUUUCACAAAUAGAAGAAUGUCUCGAUAUGAAUAUUGAUUAUUCCUAUAUAGUUUCAUCAAACAGUGUCAUAAAAAUUAAUAAGAAAGAAUAUGAAGAAAAGAACGCGAAAAAAAUGAAAAUUGUCAAGAAAAAAAAUAAUGAUUUAUUAUAUUUAUAUGAUCAUAAUAAUAAUGUGUAUAAAUAUAAUACACAAUAUAUUGAUGUUUCCACUGAUAGUUCUUAUCCAUCCAUUUUUUAUUGGACACCCCCAGAAAUAUUAAGGGGAAAAAAAAAUAAAAAAUUUUAUUCAGAUAUUUAUGCCUUCGGAAUCAUACUUUGGCAAAUGCUAUCUAAUGACAUACCAUUCAAUUAUCCCUUUGCCUCACACAUUAUGGCUGCAGUUGGAUAUGCUAAUGAAGAAUUAUCCUUUAACAAUAUCCCAGUGUCAAUACAAAGUUUGAUAAAAGCAUGUGUAAAUAGAAAUAGAUAUAAAAGACCUACAUUUGAACAUAUUUUAAAAACAAUAUCUACGUUAUAUCAAAAGGCAAAUACCAAAGUAGAGGAUGCAUUAAUUUCAUUUAUGGAUGGAACAUAA